AUGAGGGAUGACUUCCAUGCUAUGGGCAUCCACAACAAGCGGACCUUGGAUAUCCAUUUCCCCGACCGUCAUGUUUAUGGCCUUCUCGUCCACAUAGACGACAUCCCAUCCUUGGAAGCCCAAUUGACCAAGUACGAGUUGGCACCUAUCCAGUUCGAUCCCAUGGACACCACCACGUUGCGUGACCCCAAGUAUACCGACUCUGAUCCUACUUUCCUAGCUGCCGAAUGUCGCCGCCUUUUCCUUGCUCGUUUGAAGGUCAUCAUCGGGCGUUUGAAGGACCCGCACUACCAGCUGGCAGUGGCCCGCUUCUUCUGCUUCAAGCAACACUUCAUUCCUGAAGACGAGUAUGCCCAGCUAACUAAGUCCAUCAAACCAGCUUAUGUUCCAGCUUACAAGCGUCAACAAACGACUACUACACCCACCGCCGCUGAACAAGACCUCACCAUGGGCGAGGCAAACACCACUAGCACCACCACUAUCCGAGCUGACGAGACUUCAGCCCCCGUGGCCUAA